AUGGAGGCCGACAGCGACGGCAUCCUUUGCAAUUGCGCUCUGCCUCGGGAAAAAACCCCUGAAACUAUCUGGAAUUCAAGAAUCUCAAACCUCUCCUGUUGUCUACUCCUUGCUGCCCGUAACUGCUUGCGUCCUAUUGUUUUCUUGGCGGGAUUCGGAGGCAUGUCCACUCAAGUGACACCAUCUAAGAGACCGCAUGACCAAACCCUGACAGAGCUAAGUGGUCGAACAAAGUGGCAGAAAUCAUCUGUUUCCGAUAAUGUGUCACCAGCAGGACCUUCUUCGAGUAGAGUUAUACGUGUACUUUUUUCAGCUUCCAAAGUUGGUGGCAUCAUUGGAAAAGGUGGCAGCACCAUAUCUCAGAUUCGCCAGGAGACUGGAGCAAAAGUUCGUGUUGAGGAAAGUAUUCCUGGGUGUGAUGAGAGGGUUAUUAUCAUAACAGGAUCAGGUAAGGACAAGGAAAGUGUGAGUGAGCAGGUUAAGACUGAAAGCAAAGAGACUGAAAGCCAUGAGAAGUGCGAGGAACCAGAAGAACAUGGGGAAGCUGAUGAAAAGCAGGCUGUUCCUGAUGAUUCUCGAUCAGAGAAUGAAAAGGAUUCUUCUUCUGUUCAGAAAGCUCUGCUAGUUGUGUUUGGUAAAAUGGUUGACAUAUUGUCUGAUAAAAACGAAGGGGACGAGGAAAGUAUUAAUUCAAUAACAUUUGUUGUUAGGCUCCUUGUCUUCUCUGGUCAAGUAGGCAGCCUGCUAGGAAAAGCUGGAAGUGUUAUAAAACAGAUGUCGUCUGAAAGUGGGGCUCAUAUAAGAAUUCUUCCAAAAGACAAGCUGCCUUCCUGUGCAUCUUCAUCUGAUGAACUGGUUCAGAUCUCUGGCAAACGUGAUGCUGUUAGGAAAGCUCUUCUUUGUGUUUCCGAGCAGCUUCUUGAGAAAUCUCCUCGCAAUCAGGAUUCCUUUUCUGCCCAUGUUGGUGGCCCACCAUCUCAUUCCUUUGGUCCUCCUUCAAGACGGGAUAGAUUCCCGCCACCUAAUCGACCUUUCCAUGGACAGGGACCACCUUUUUCGGCUGGGUUUCAUGAUUUUGAGCCUGGCAUGCCUGGUGGUCCUGUGAAUUUUCCUCCUGAAGUCCUAACUUUCCGGUUAUUGUGUAGUGAGGAGAAGGUGGGUGGUGUAAUUGGAAAAGGAGGCUCUGUAGUCAAAGCGCUUCAAAAUGAAACUGGUUGUGAGAUCAAAGUCCAAGAUGGUGAAGGAGAUUCAGAGGAUCGCAUUAUUAUCAUAUCAGGCCCAGCUUAUCCAGAUGAUGGCAUAUCGGCCCCACAAGAUGCAGUGCUUCGGGUGCAAUCCAGAAUAUUUAGGGCUGCACCAGAGAGCAAGGAUAAAAAUAUGACUGCAAAACUCCUUGUGUCCUCUCAUCAGAUUGGUUGCCUCCUUGGAAAGGGUGGUUCAGUCAUUGCCGAAAUGAGGAAGUCGACUAGAGCUUAUAUCCGAAUUCUGGGUAAAGAUCAGGUUCCAAAGAUCGCUUCCGAGAAUGAGGAAGUAGUUCAGGUAAAUGGAGAACUUGAGGUAGUUCAAGAGGCUCUCUUGCAGAUAACAUCAAGGCUCAAAAGUCAUUUCUUCCGUGACUUAUUUCCGCCUUUCGGUCAACAUUCUGACCCGGCAUUUCUAGAUCAAGGCCCACCUGGCCCAUUUCCCUCUUACAUGGGAAAGAGGGAAUUUUCACCUACUAGAGCUUUUCCUGAUCGAGGCCCACCAUUUAACAAGUUUGAAGGUCCUGGUGGCCUGCCUUUCCAUCCACAUGCGGACCAUGUACCUUUCGGACACGAUUUUCCUAGAUCCAGGAUCCCUCCACACAUGUCUGAAAGAGCUGUAGAACCGUGGGGCCCUCAGGGACCAAUAGAAGGGGCAGGUCCAAUGGGAUUCCCAGAUUAUCCAGGAGCACCUCAUAGAAGAUUUGGUGGAUUUCCCGGAGGACAUCAGCCUGCUGUUAUCACUAACACUGCUGUGGAAGUAGUUGUUCCUCGAUUCGUUGUUCCUGCAAUUUACGGAGAGGAUGGUGGCUGUUUGAGACAAAUUCGUGAGAUAUCGGAUGCAAAUGUCACCAUCAUGGACCCAAAACCUGGAGCGGAAGAAACCUUAAUCAAAAUCUCUGGGACGCCCGAGCAGACGAAUGCUGCCCAAAGUCUUAUUCAAGCAUUUGUAAUUAGCGAGACCGAGACAUCUUAG